AUGCUUGUAAGUAGCAAAGUAUUCAAGGAACUGGAAUUUUUUCAAGGCAUACUUUCCCCGGUUCUUCUUGAGGCAAAACGCCGGGUUGUGGAGGAGCAUUUGCAGCACCUUGAAAAGCUUAGGAAGAGCAUUGAAGAGAAGGGGACUAAGAAGUUUCACACGUUUGCGAGACCUUUCGAGACCUAUCAGGACACCCCAGAGGAAAUGCACUACAAAAGUGCUCCAGCAGGCUCCCCUUGCUUGUCCGUGAUGGCUUCAGGUGGGGAGUCAAACUAUCCGCUACUGGUGGAGUUUUUCUCACGGGCAGACUUGCCACUGGAGAGUUGCGCUUUAGGUUCAUCCCAUUCGCUCGCUCUAUCCAGAAAUGGAGCAGUGUUCGAAUGGGGAGGACCGAAUGCGGAGCUGCCUCACGCAGUUGACAUGCACUGGCAAUACCCAGGGAGCAUUUUCAAGAGCCGUGCAUGGAAAGUGGCUGCUGGUGGCUUUUCGAGAUCAACUGGUUUUUCGGCUGUCCUCACAGAAGAGGGGGAAGCUUUUUUAUGGGGACCAGGGGCUUUAAAAAUGCCGCUAGGUCUCAAGGCUACAGAGGGCCGAACACCUGAGCUACUAUGCCUGCCGCUGCACACUAAGGAGUCAUUGGGCCAGCAGGAUAGCAGUAAGUGGCGAGUAGUGGACAUUGUUGCCGGGCAACAAGGCUGUCUAUUGGUCACUACGGACUCCGCAUAA